GCUCUGCUCCUCCACCUAGUCCGGCCAGGCCCGGGCAAACAGCAGAGCUUCAGUGUAGUUGAGUAGAAGCUGCAGCCGGGCCGGGACCCAGAGGCGCGCGGCACAAGCCGGUGGCAGAGCCAUGGCGGGCGAGGAAGACCGCGGGGACGGGGAGCCGCUAUCAGUGGUGACCGUGAGAGUGCAGUACCUGGAAGACACCGACCCCUUCGCAUGUGCCAACUUCCCGGAACCGCGUCGGGCCCCCACCUGCAGCCUGGACGGGGCGCUGCCCCUGGGUGCACAGAUUCCCGCGCUGCACCGCCUGCUGGGGGCGCCGCUCAAGCUGGAGGACUGUGCCCUACAAGUGUCUCCCUCUGGAUACUACCUGGACCCCGAGCUAUCCCUGGAAGAGCAGCGGGAGAUGCUGGAAGGCUUCUAUGAAGAAAUAAGCAAAGGGCGGAAGCCCACGCUGAUCCUGCGGACCCAGCUCUCUGUGAGGGUCAACGCCAUCUUGGAAAAGUUGUAUGGCUCCAGUGGCCCUGAGCUCCGCCGCUCCCUCUUCUCAUUGAAGCAGAUCUUCCAGGAGGACAAAGACCUGGUGCCUGAAUUUGUACACUCAGAGGGGCUGAGUUGCCUGAUCCGUGUGGGUGCUGCUGCCGACCACAACUACCAGAGCUACAUCCUUCGAGCACUGGGCCAGCUGAUGCUUUUUGUGGAUGGAAUGCUGGGGGUGGUGGCCCAUAGUGAGACCGUGCAGUGGCUGUACACACUAUGUGCCAGCCUGUCCCGCUUGGUGGUGAAGACGGCCCUGAAGCUGCUGCUGGUGUUUGUGGAAUACUCUGAGAACAAUGCACCGCUGUUCAUCCGUGCAGUCAACUCUGUGGCCAGCACCACUGGUGCUCUUCCCUGGGCCAAUCUGGUAUCCAUCCUGGAGGAGAAGAAUGGUGCUGACCCAGAGCUGUUGGUGUAUGCUGUCACCCUCAUAAACAAGACGCUGGCAGCACUCCCGGACCAGGACUCCUUCUACGACGUGACCGAUGCACUGGAGCAGCAGGGCAUGGAGGCACUGGUCCAGCGCCACUUGGGCACUGCAGGCACUGAUGUAGACCUGCGCACGCAGCUUGUGCUCUACGAGAACACCUUGAAGUUGGAGGAUGGAGACAUCGAGGAGACUGCAGCCAUGGGUGGGCGGCGGGAGCGGCGAAAGCCUUCUUCGGAGGAGGGCAAAAGGAGCCGCAGAUCUCUUGAAGGCGGGGGCUGUCCGGUGCGUACCCCGGAACCUAGCCCCACAGGCCCCACCUCUCCCACCAGCCCGACCCAGCUGACAGGCCCCACCACCAGCCCUGUGUGCCCUCCGUCUGGCCUCAGCACUUCAGUGAACCUCUUUCCUACCAUCUCUGUGGCAUCCUCAGCUGACAGCUCCAGUGAGAGGAGCAUCUACAAACUUCACCAAACUGCUCCCGUUUGGGCCCCUGAGAGCCCACCUGUCCCCCAGUCCCCUACUGGGCAGGCCAGGUUGGAAGCCCGGUUCCUGGAGAAUGUGGCAGCAGCAGAAACAGAGAAGCAGGCUGCACUGGCCCAGGGCCGGGCAGAGACACUGGCUGAGGCCAUGCCCGAUGAGGCCGAUGGACACCCAGACAUCCGGGAACUGUGGGACUCCCCAGAGACAGCCCCUGCACCCAGAACACCCCAGAGCCCUGUCCCCCGAGUCCUGCUCCGGACCCAGCGAAGCCUUGAGCCAGAGCCCAAGGAGCCACUAACACCACCAAGCCCCAAGGCUGAGCCCAUUCGGGAGAUCCCUUCCCGUGUACCCAGGCUCUGCAUUGGGGACCUGGACUUCUCAGAUCUGGGGGAAGAUGAAGACCAGGACAUGCUGAACAUGGAGUCUGUGGAAGCCGUGGAAGGGGUCCCACCCCCACCACACACACUGCCCCUGCUCUCUGGAGGGCCCCCACCUCCACCUCCCCCACCUCCCCCACCAAUCAAGGGCCCCUUCCCACCACCUCCACCCCCGGCUGCCCCUCUUCCCCCCUCAGCAACUGACGGCCCAGCCCUCCCCACCAAGAGGAAGACAGUAAAACUCUUCUGGCGUGAACUGAAGCUGGCUGGGGGCUGUGGAGGCUCUGGAAGCCGCUUUGGGCCAUGCCCCACCCUGUGGGCCUCACUGGAGCCUGUCUCAGUGGACACAGCCCGGCUGGAACACCUGUUUGAGUCCCGUGCCAAGGAUGUGCUGCCCUCCAAGAAAGCUGGUGAGGGCCGCCGGACAAUGACCACAGUGCUGGACCCCAAGCGCAGCAAUGCCAUCAACAUUGGCUUGACAACAUUACCACCUGUGCAUGUCAUUAAGGCUGCCCUGCUCAACUUUGAUGAGUUUGCUGUCAGCAAGGAUGGCAUUGAGAAGCUACUGACCAUGAUGCCCACGGAGGAAGAGCGGCAGAAGAUCGAGGAAGCCCAGCUGGCCAACCCUGACAUACCCCUGGGCCCAGCCGAGAACUUCCUGAUGACUCUUGCCUCCAUUGGGGGCCUGGCCGCCCGCCUACAACUCUGGGCCUUCAAGCUGGACUAUGACAGCAUGGAGCGGGAAAUUGCUGAGCCACUGUUUGACCUGAAAGUGGGCAUGGAACAGCUGGUACAGAAUGCCACCUUCCGCUGCAUCCUGGCUACCCUGCUAGCUGUAGGCAACUUCCUCAAUGGCUCCCAGAGCAAUGGCUUUGAGCUGAGCUACCUGGAGAAGGUGUCAGAGGUGAAGGACACAGUCCGUCGGCAGUCGCUGUUGCACCAUCUCUGCACCCUCGUGCUCCAGACCCGGCCUGAUUCCUCCGACCUCUACUCAGAAAUCCCUGCCCUGACCCGCUGUGCCAAGGUGGACUUUGAGCAGCUGACUGAGAACUUGGGGCAACUGGAGCGCCGGAGCCGGGCAGCUGAGGAGAGUCUUCGAGGCCUGGCCAAGCAUGAACUGUCCCCAGCCCUGCGUGCCCGCCUCACCCACUUCCUGGCCCAGUGUGCCCGCCGUGUUGCCAUGCUGAGGGUAGUGCACCGCCGUGUCUGCAACAGGUUCCAUGCCUUCCUGCUGUACCUGGGCUACACCCCGCAGGCAGCCCAAGAGGUGCGCGUCAUGCAGUUCUGCCACACACUGCGGGAGUUUGCACUGGAGUAUCGGACUUGCCGGGAACGGGUGCUGCAGCAGCAGCAGAAGCGGGCCACGUACCGUGAGCGCAACAAGACCCGGGGACGCAUGAUCACUGAGACAGAGAAGUUCUCGGGUGUGGCUGGGGAGGUCCCCAGCAACCCCUCCGUCCCAGUGGCUGUGGGCAGUGGGCCAGGCCGGGGUGAUGCUGACAGUCAUGCCAGUAUGAAGAGUCUGCUGACGAGCAAGCCUGAGGACACCACACACAGCCGCCGCAGCAGAGGCAUGGCCCAGAGCAGCUCCCCAGUGAUGCCCACAGUAGUGGGGCCUUCCACCGCAUCCUCAGAAGAAUCUCAAGGCUCCAGUUUACCCAGUGACACAUCAGAUGAGAUCAUGGACCUGCUGGUACAGUCAGUGACCAAGAGCAGUCCUCGUGCCUUAGCUGCUCGGGAACGCAAGCGUUCACGUGGCAACCGCAAGUCUUUGAGACGGACAUUGAAGAGUGGGCUUGGAGAUGACCUGGUGCAGGCACUGGGACUGAGCAAGGGUCCUGGCCUGGAAGUGUGAAGGUGCUGCUUCCUGGAAACCUAUUGGGACCCCAGCCUGCAGUGAAAGAGACUAUGGAGCAAGGAGGGCCCAAAGCAGAAUUCUGGCCCCAAAACUAUGUCCAGGGGCUAGGACUUGAGCAGUAUUAUGUGUGUGUGUGUGUGUGUGUGUGUGUGUGUGUGUAUGUGUGUAUGUGUAUGUGUGUGCAUGUCCAUAUGUGUGAGCUCCCUGAACUCAUGGAGCAAAAUAAAGUUUUCCUAGCUAAUCCAA